AUGCCAUUUGGAAUUUCCCCUGCCCCUGAAGAAUUCCAACGUCGACUAGACAACGCCCUUCAAGGUAUAGACGGAGUAAUGCCCAUCUUUGAUGACAUACUGAUCUUUGGCGCCGGCGACACUGAAGCGGAAGCAAUAGCUGAUCAUGACGCGAAACUGAGAGCCCUACUUCAACGAUGCCGCGAGAAGGGUGUCAAGUUAAACAGAGAAAAGUUGAAGCUCCGUUGCAGCGAGGUAGACUUUAUGGUUCACGUGAUCUCCUCUGAUGGUCUAAAGCCUGACCCAGCAAAACUGCAAGGUAUCAAGGAAAUGCCGCCGCCGACCUGCAAGCAAAAUGUGAAACGACUCCUCGGUAUGGUCAACUACCUACAACGUUUCGCGCCAAAUCUAUCCGAAGUCACAACACCACUGAGAGAUCUACCCAAGGAAGACAACAGUUUCCAGUGGGAUUCCGUCCAGGAGCGCAGUUUCGAAGAAGUUAAAAAGAGAAUCUCUGAGACACCGGUCCUCAAGUUCUUUGACCCGACAGAUAGUGUUGAGCUUCAAUGUGAUGCAUAUGACAGAGGCUUGGGUGCUUGCCUGAUGCAACAUGGCCAGCCAGUGGCGUAUGCAUCACGCUCCAUGACGGAAACGGAGACACACUACGCGCAGAUUGAGAAGGAGAUGCUGGCUAUCGUCUUCGGAGUGGAGAGGUUCGAGCAAUGUGUUUACGGCCGACAAGUGAAGAUACAAUCAGACCACAAGCCGCUUGAAAGUAUAUUUAAGAAGAGCCUGAUUAGCGCCCCUAAGCGACUCGAACGCAUGUUUUUGAGACUUCAAAAAUUUGACUUGGAAGUGAGCUAUAAGCAAGGUACAGAAAUGGUACUGGCCGACACUCUAAGCAGAGCAUAUAAGGUGCUACCAACAGGAGUAGCAGAAGAGAGAGGUGAAACCGAGAAAGAUACCGAGUCAAUUAACAUUGCACAAUACCUUCCAGUUUCAAGCCAAACGCAGGCAGAGAUCCAGCGCGCCACAGAAGCAGACGAUGUGAUGCGGGAGUUGAAGGCAGUGAUAAGGCAAGGCUGGCCUUUGGCGAAAGACGCCCUACAAGUCUGUCUCAGGGACUACUUUCCCUUUAGAGAUGAGCUCACCCUACAAAACGGGCUUAUUUUCAAAGGUAAAAGACUCGUUAUACCAACAUCUAUGAAAGACGAUAUGUUAGAGAAGCUGCACUCUAGCCACAUUGGUAUUCAAGGUUGCUUGAGAAGAGCUAGAGAGAGUAUCUACUGGCCAUGUAUGAAUAAGGCAGUCGAAGAUUACAUAGCAAGGUGUGACACAUGUAAUACAUACCAAGCGGAGCAAGGCAAAGAACCAAUGAUCUGCCACGAGAUACCAUCCCGACCUUGGGAAAAGGUAGGGAUAGAUAUGUUUGAACUUGACAAUAAAGACUUUCUUGUCAGUGUUGACUAUUACUCAAGUUUCUUUGAAGUUGACCGGUUUACCUCUAAGACUGCAAAAGAAGUUAUCGGAAAAAUUAAAGCACACUUCGCAAGGCACGGUAUACCAGACCAAGUGAUCACUGAUAAUGGUCAACCAUUUGCAUCGGGACAUUUUCUAGAGUUGUCAAACCACUACAGCUUCGAGCAUGUUACAAGUUCUCCGACUUACGCUCAAUCUAAUGGCAAAGUAGAAAAUGCCGUUAAAAUAGCCAAGAAGCUGAUGAGGAAAGUUUUCGAAGCAAAGAAUGACCCCUACGCUCUGCUCGACUGGAGAAAUACUCCAUCAGAAUGUCUUAACACAUCGCCAGUGCAGAGAAUCUUUGGUCGGAGACCAAAACACUGUUGCCAACGUCGACUCGACUGCUUAAUAUAA